AUGGGUCAAGUAUUGGUGUCAGGUCAGCAAGUACAAGACAAGUUGGCAGCUGUUCCCUUAUGUGAACUAGGAAAGAAAUAUAUGUUCACAGUCAUUGACCUGGGAUUUGGCGAUGUAUCAUUAGUAGUCUCGUUGAAAGUACGAGGAAUCUGUGUCGUUAAGGCUGAAAGUGUAUGUCAUACAAUGAGGAUUUUCAUAUUAUUCCUCUAUUAUGGGACAGAAGCUAAUGGCGUGGAUAUCCAGCCUUUUACGUCCGUCGAAACUCCAUUCCAUCCGCAGGAGAAUCGGCAGGUGUACCUAAUUCAUCAGGAGCAAUUUCUGAAGCUGCUACGCAUCUUCCUCUCCCUUAAACCACUCCACUACCUGAUUCGACUUCAGCCUUUCGUCAAUGGCAAUUUCAGCGUCUUCGGGUACAUGGAGGUGGAAAUGGAGGCCCUGGAGCCGACCUCCAACAUCACACUCCAUAUGCUUGAUAUCAUCACAAGAAUAACACAGUCAAGUGUUGCAUUCGGGGGCGUAGAACAGCGACAGGUUGGAAUUAAGAGGCACCACUAUGACCCUGUCCGCCAAUUCUAUGUCGCGCACAUGGACGAAGAGCUGAUAAAAGGAGAGAGGUACACUCUGCAAAUGGAGUUCCUUGGUUACCUCAACGACCAGCUUCGUGGCUUCUACAGGUCGACUUACAGAGACGAUGAUGGGACUACAAAGUACUUAGCUGUGACCCAUUUCCAACCCACGGACGCCCGCCGCGCCUUCCCGUGCUUCGACGAGCCAGCCCUGAAGGCGACCUUCGAGGUCCACCUGGCGAGGGAGACCUGGAUGACGUCACUCUCCAACAUGCCCCUCGCGAUCUGUGUGGAAGGUCAGGAGGGCUGGGUGUGGGACCGCUUCGAGAGGAGCGUCCCCAUGUCCACCUACCUCGUCGCCUUCGUCGUGUCGGACUUUUCCUACAUCCCCUCCACCAGUGGCAAAGACACUCUCUUUCGAAUAUGGGCGCAGCCGUCAGCCAUUCGACAUGCUGAAUAUGUCAGUGAAGUCGGCUCAAAGAUUCUGGCAUUCUAUGAGUCUUACUUCAAUGUGUCUUACCCGCUCCCGAAAAUGGAUAUGGUGGCGGUGCCUGACAUAGCAGUGCGGGGCAUGGAGAACUGGGGUCUGAUUACGAUGAUAGACAGGUCAAUUCUAUACGAUCCUGACGUGGACUCAGCAAACCACAAGGACACGCUGCUCGAAGUCGUGGCCCACGAGCUGGCGCACCAGUGGUUCGGCAACCUGGUCACGCCCCGCUGGUGGGACGACCUAAUGUUAAGCACAGUCACCCCUGAUCAUGCCUUUUUGCACAUGCUCACGGUCAUGCCUAAUGAAAACUAA